UUUGCAAAAUUAUUUUAACUUUGCUUCCUUUAUAAUUUUGCACCAAACAAGCACCUUCACUCUAUAACUAGAAUGGUUUAACAGUGAAAUCAACCUUAGCAGCAAAUAAAUUCUUGCUCCAAAAAGUGAUACAACCAAUAUGCGAAGAGGGUUUCUAGUUCAUGUUCAUUCUCUAGUUGUUAUGCUAAUAUGCAUGUUUAGCAGUAUAGUUCAUGGCCAACAAUACACCGAGGAAACCGAUUUGAAUGUAACUGCCAAUGGGCGAAAUGGUUCACUUGUAUCAGCAUUGUUUGUAUUAGGAGAUUCCUCUGUUGAUUGUGGAGACAAUACUCUGUUCUACCCUCUGCUUCAUGGCCGUCUUUCGCUGUAUCCAUGUAAUGGCUCGGAUGGAACUCUUCUUCCUCAAAUCAUUGCUGAUAAGAUUGGAUUGACAUCAAUCCUACCAUUUUAUGCACAAAAUGGAUCUCUGAAUGAGAUUCUCGGUGGUCUCAACUUUGGAUCAACACAAGCUAUGAUCAUGAACCAGGGAGGCUUCAGCCACCAGUCUCUAAACCAACAGCUACGCCAAGUCUCUGAGAGCAUGCAGUUAUUGCAACUGCACCUAAGCGAAAACACAGCCGUUGAAUUUACAAAAUCUUCCAUCUUUUUCCUCUCCUUUGGCAAAGAAGAUUACAUCGAUCUAUUCCUACACAACUCUUCCAACCCAAUGUUAAACCACAGCGCGGAAUAUUUUGCAACCAUUUUGGUCAAUCAGAUGACAAAUGCAAUGAGGUAUCUUUAUGAAGCAAAUGCAAGGAAAAUCAUAUGCUUAGGAGUUCUUCCUCUAGGAUGUGCACCGCGUAUGGCAUGGGAGUCAAAUCAGACAUCAGAUGGUUAUAUUGAUGGAAAUGGUUGUGUAGAUAAUGUCAAUAAUUGGGUCUUGGAAUACAAUAGAUUGCUGAAUGAACACAUAGUUCAGCUUAAUGCAGAAUUUUCUGAUGCUCAUAUAGUGUUCUGUGAUGUAUACACCGGAAUAUUGGAGAUUAUACGCAAACCAAGGUUUUAUGGAUUUGAAGACACAAAGAGUGCAUGUUGUGGACUUGGUUCGAAUGGCGCAAUGAUAGGGUGUAUCUCUACAGAAUUGGCCUGUAAUCAAGCGUCAGCACAUGUUUGGUGGGACUUAUUAAAUCCUACAGAAGCAGUGAACUCUAUCCUAGCUGAAGCAGCCUGGUCUAACCAACCUAUACCGGAACUUUGCCGCCCUUUCACCAUCCAUGAAUUGGUCCACACAAAACCUAGCCUUUAACUGCUACUCAUGUUGCAUAACAUUCAUUCAUUCAUUCAUAAGUUGCAGCAUUCAUUCAUAAACUUAAGUUUCAAAGCACAUAAGUGUAUGUUUGGAUGGGCGGUGAGUUUAUCAACAUCACAGCGACACCGCGAUUUAGCAGAAACUCCG